GAGUCUCAAAAAAAAAAAAUUCAACAACUACUGCUUUCUGCUCUCUUGUGAUCUAUCUAUCUUCCACUGUUUUCUUUCACUCACCAAGAAGAAAUGGCUGAAGCAAUCCUGUUGGGUAUUACGCAGACGAUCAUUGAAACGUUGGGCUCUAUGGCUUUCCAAGAGAUUGGAUCCACGUGGGGUGUCAAAGGUGAGUUCGAAAAAUUGAAGAAUAUUGUUUCCACUUUUCAAGCUGUACUACAAGAUGCAGAGGAGCAGCAGGGCAAGAACCAUCAAGUCAAGCACUGGCUCAUGAAGCUCAAUGAUGCAGUCUAUGAUGCGGAUGACUUGCUGACCGAUUUCUACACUGCAGAUUUGCGGCGAAGGGUGAUGGGUGGAGAUAAAAUGACAAUGAAGGUACGUUCUUUCUUUUCGAGUUCAAACCAACUUGCUCUUAGUUCAAUGAUGUCUCGGAAAAUAAAAGCGAUGAGGCAGAGACUUAAUGAUAUAGUAAAUGAUUGCAACAAGUUCCAGUUGGUAGAACAUCCUUUACAGACGAGGGCAGUGAUUAGGGAGAUGGACCAAACUUGCUCAUUUGUAUGUGAGGAAGAAGUUAUUGGGAGAGAGGAAGAUAAGAAGGCCAUCAUAGAUCUAUUAUUGGACUUUGAUUUUGAAGAGAAUGUCUCAUUCAUUUCCAUAGUGGGGAUUGGAGGGCUGGGCAAGACCACCCUUGCUCUAUAUGUAUACAAUGAUGAGAAAAUUAAGACUUAUUUUGAGUUGAGAAUGUGGGUUUGUGUCUCUGAUGUGUUUGAUGUAAAAACAAUUGUUGAAAACAUAAUUGCAUCUGCAACUGGCAGGAUACCUAUAAACCUUGGAAUGGAUGAGUUGCAACGUGAACUUCGUGAGCAACUUAACCACAAGAAGUUCUUACUUGUGCUGGAUGAUGUGUGGAACGAGGAUAGGAAAAGGUGGUUUGAGUUGAAAAGUCUAUUGAUGGGUGGCUCAAAGGGAAGUAGGGUGGUGAUAACUACACGAACUAAAUUGGUUGCAAUGAUUACUAGCACAAUCUCACCAUAUUAUCUACAGGGCUUGUCGAAAAACCAGUCUUGGUCUUUAUUAAAGCAAAUGGCAUUUAGAAAAGGGCAAGAAACGAUUAAUACUAAGUUUGAAGCUAUUGGAAUGGCUAUUGUAGAAAAAUGUUGCGGAGUGCCUCUUGCUAUAAAGAUGAUAGGGAGAACAUUAUACUUUAAAAGGACAGAGAGUGAAUGGUCAUAUAUCAAGAAUAUGGAACUUAAAGAUUUAUCUCAAGGAGCAUAUGGUAGUGGUAUUUUACCAAUUCUAAAAUUGAGUUACGAUCAUCUCCCUUCAUAUUUAAAGUGUUGUUUUGCUUAUUGUUCAUUGUUUCCUAAAGAUUAUGAGAUUUCAAAGUUGAUGGUGAUACAACUAUGGAUAGCACAAGGAUUUAUCCGGUCAUCAAACAAAACACAACAAUUGGAGGAUGUUGCUCAUGAGUACUUUAUGGAUCUACUUUGGAGGUCCUUCUUCCAAGAAGCUAGAGAAGAUCAUCUUGGGAAUGUAGUUGGUUUUAAAAUGCAUGAUUUAAUGCAUGAUCUUGCACAAUCAAUAUCAAUGGCUGAGUGCAGAAUUGUUGAUUCUAAUGCAGAAAAUGUCAGUGAAAAUGUUCAUCACUUGUCAAUUGCAUCUCACAAUGUUUUUGGGAAGAAUUUAAGCUCGUUAUUCAAAGCAAAGAAGAUACGCACGUUUAUUUUAAAAAGCGAUAACUGGAUAUAUCAUGAUAUGUCAGCUCUUGAUAGAAUUAUUUGUAGUUUUAGAUGCUUGCGUGCAUUAGACCUACAUUGCUUACAUAUUGUGGUAGUACCAGAUUCUAUAGCAAACUUGACAUAUCUAAAGUACCUUGAUCUUUCCAGGAAUGACAUUGAAGUUCUCCCUAGUUCUAUUAUUAGAUUGUUGAAUUUGCAAACACUAAAACUGAGUUAUUGUUUCAAACUUAAAGAACUACCGAAAAACAUUCAAAAUUUGGUCAAUCUCAGGAGUCUUGAGAUAGAUGGCUGUGAGAGUUUGACUCACAUGCCACCUGGAUUAGGGCAGUUGACUUCUCUUCAAAUAUUACCACUAUUCAUUGUGAACACUUUGUCCUACCAGCAUUGUGGUGGACUAGCGGAUUUGAACAAUCUAAAUAAUUUGAGAGGAGAACUUCUUAUUACAAUUUUGGGAAGGGUGAAAGGUGCUGCCACGGAAGCCAAGGCUGCGAAUUUGAAGAACAAGCAACAUCUUAGAAAGUUGCAAUUAAGAUGGCAUAGAUUAUGUAUCGAUGUCCCAGAUGUUCAUUAUGAUGAAAGUUUGUUGGAAGGCCUCCAGCCACACCAGGCUUUAAAAAUGUUGCAUGUGGAAUGUUACCAGGGUGUGAGAUUUCCAAGUUGGUUUCCUUUGUUGACUGUUCUUGUUGAAUUAAAAAUAUCGAAAUCAUUGUGCCAACAUCUACCACCAAUGUAUCAACUGCCGCAUCUCCGCUAUCUAUCUCUUAAAACUAUGCCUAGUUUAGAAUACAUAUCUGAAUCGGAAAUCACUGAUGAGAUCCCUGCUUCAACUGCAUUUUUCCCAUCCCUAGAGUCACUUGAAUUGUUGGGUUGCCCUAAUCUAAAGGGAUGGUGGCGGAGGGAUAUCAUGAAUGUAGCAACAAUGGUGUCAACACCAAGUUCUCAAUAUCAACAGCAUGUAUCAUUGCCUUCCUUUCCUCGUCUUUCUCGGCUGGAAAUCUGGGAUUGCAAUAAUUUGACUUCCAUGCCAAUGUUUCCAUAUCUUGAAGAAUCGCUUGAUCUUAACAAUGUCAGCUGCAAGCCAUUGCAACAAACAAUGGAAAUGAAAAUUACCUCUUCACUUCCCUCCUCUUCUUACUCCUCCUGUCCUCUCUCCAAAUUAAAGUCUCUGUCUUUGUUUGCGAUUCAGGACCUAGAGUUUCUGCCAGAGCAGUGGUUCCAAAACCUGGCUUCCCUUGAGAGACUAGAGAUUCAGAAAUGCCCUAGACUAAAAUCUCUGUCUCUAUCUCUGUCCGUACAAUAUCUCACCUCCCUCAAGUUUCUGGAGAUUAGCGGCUGCAAGGAGGUUGAUCUGUUCAAUGAUGAUGGCGCACAAUCUGUUAGCAUUACUACUCUGCAAACACUCAGAGUUUCAGAUGUUCUCAGCUUGAUUACUUUACCAGUGUGGAUCGGCGACCUUACAUCGCUUCAAAACCUUGAAAUUUACAGAUGCCCCAAUCUAAAAUCACUCUCCGACGGGAUUGUCAACCUCACAUCACUUGUAAAGCUUGGAGUUCAUAGAUGCCCCAAUCUGAAAUCACUUCCUAAAGGAAUGCAUUGCCUCUCCUCUUUACGAACCCUGAUAAUCACUGGCUGUCCCCACUUGAAAGAAAGAUACCAGGAGGGACUUGGCGAGGAUUGGAUUGCUCAUGUCCGGAAUUUAAUAAUUAGGGAUUAAAUUCAUGUUCAGCAACCAAUAUGCUUCCACUUCUUUGGCACUACACAAACAACUAAAAGGGUGCCUAGGAAACAUGGGAGGAUUGCCUAAAAUUGCUCACGUGGAUGAACCCAAAUCUUCAAAUUUUUAGCUAUAAGGAAUCAAACCCAACAGGAGGGUGGAUGCCACUGGUAUCAAUGCCCUCACAUGCUAAACCAGUUGAAUCAUGAAAAAAAGUCCCAAUGUUGUACUUUUGCUUGUUUACAAAUUUUGGGCACUGCAAUUGUGCCAAAAGUCCACAACUAGGUGGUGUAUAAGCAGACUGGAAAGUCCCACAUGCUGAUAUUGUAGUGACUUUGCUGUGGAAGAUCAACUUAGAUAACUAAUCAGAUAAGAGACAAGGUCAUAAUUCUAAACCAUCUAGGGUUGGUGUUUCUUCGAAAAAGUCUGAUUUAGUUAAUCAAAAUACAAAUCCUCAAUUUGCAUGCAACAUUGUAUGGAUGUUGGUUUCAUCUUCUACCAAUACCUUUUUGAGGAUGGCUUCAGUUUUAGGCAACUGCUGUUUGGGAUGUUCUACCAUUACCUAAUGGAGCAUCAGUUUUUUUGUUCAUAUCAGAAUAUUACAAGGAGAUUUUUCAGAAUUAAGAAAAGGAUGCACUAUUUGUUACAAAUAGAAGGUGGCAUUUCCUUAUUCCUUCAGAAUUUGAAAUCGGCUUCCGCUAAUUACUAGAGCAUCAGAGAAUAGCUUCAGUUUUUUCUUUUUCCCACAAAGAAAACAUGGCAUUGGAACUAGAGCUGAACAUUGGCUGGUUUGAUUGGGUUUAGGGGGCAGGGUUUGGAGCCAAGCAACCAAAAUCUUCCCCAGUCAGGUUUAAAAUCAUACUUGGAAGUAGCAGAUCUGGGGUUCGUUACUGGACUACUGGGGAGGUGAAGAAGAAGAUCUGGUACUGAAAGAUUCUGGGUAGAUAUGGGAUUUGCCUGAAGAAGCAAAUCUGGGACUGGGAUUGGGUUCUUAGUUGGGUGGUUUGAGAAGAGGUAGAUCUGGUCUAGGUUCUGCGAUUUGGAUAAAGAAGUUGCAAAUAUAUAUAUAACAUGAUCAGUGCAGUUUUCACUGGAAUCUGAAAUCGUCCGCCGACAACUGUACUGGUGGAGGUUGGAAUCUCAGUCACUCUACUGACCAUCGUCUUGUUCAUCUUCAGCAGCCUCCUCUGGCGGUGCGAUUAGCUUGGCUCCAGCUUGGCAACUCAGUCUUGAUCAGUGUGUGAACACUUCUAAUUGGAACUUUGAAGUAUGUUCUUUUCCUCACUCGUCAACAUGAUGCCAGGUGGAAAUCGGUGGGGAAUGCUCUAAGACUACUUAAUUAUUCUUGAGAUUUGAAUUGAUUUUUGAAGGAUCAUGCACUUCAGUAUCUGUAAAGGUUCAUACAACACCUUUGAUAUUCAAUCCUUUUCUGUUAAUUAAAUACCCAACUUUCUCUUAUUUUCUUUUGUUUACAUUUGGUUAAGUUUCUCAGUGAUUUGA